AUGGAUGGCUUGGUUGCAUUUACUAACCAUCCUAAAGGAUAUAUUGUGAAUGAAAAGGUUAAAUGCGCUAAAAUGGAUUGUAAAGGUGACGAUUUCGACAAAUUUGAAUCCUUUGUCAAAUCAACUCUAAGUGGCACAGUCGGUCACUUCAUCAAAUCUAAACAUAAAGUGAUCAAUGAUGACACAGACGAUGAAAUUGUAGCUAUAACUGGCAAUUCUGAUAAUUUGUAUAAACAAAUAAACACCGAUCGCGAGGAUCAUGUCAACGACUCCAGUUCCUCUUCCAGCUCCCAUGGAUCUAGCCUUAGCUCAGGCAAUACAAGCACUAAUACUAUUAGUAGAUUAAGCAAACGACCCAUCGCAUCGCCUGCCGGCUUGGCCGAAAAUUUUGCUACAGAAAAUAUAAUCAUAGAUUUGCCUCUAAAUAAUCCUACCACCAGAGCCAGUUCCAACCCUUCCCAUAGUAUGCCCGCGCUCAGCGCCAGCACUGACUCUAUUGAUAAUAGUAUUGAUAAAGUUGACAAUAUUUGCAGCAAGAGAACAAAAUUAAGUAGCAGUGUCAAUAACACUGAAAAUACUAUUGUUGGCACAAGCGACGAAAUAAUAAUAAUCGAUGAAGAGCUAACUAAUAGUGAUACCGGAAGCGAUGUAAUGGUCGUGGGUGCUAAAAUUCCUUCAAUCAGACAGCCAUUUGGUUCAUUGCCAGUUGAACGUUUUCUCAACGAUUACUUCCCCCAAUGGUACAAUCCCAAAGAUGAUUUGGUAAUUGGACCUUCGUUAGUCCAUCCUAAAAAUAGUCAAAAUUUACAUUUCCAAAAGUUAUCCAAAAAAAUACCGAAAAAUGCAGCACCGCCUACUACAGCAGACGAUGAUUGUGUACCUCUCACACCCUCAGAAACUCAGGAGUGUUUGUGGAGGGAGAAGUUUUUGGACACUUUGGAAUACUUUUUAAAGUGUCCCAUUUGUUAUCGCACGGUUCACAGAAUUGGUCAAGUUGAUUCAUAUCACGGAUCGAAAUCGUUUACACACACAUCCCGCCUAAUGUAUUCAACCAAAUGUGGACAUAUCUUCUGCAACAAGUGCAUAGAUUACGUGAGGAAGAAGAAGCAAUGUGCUAUUUGCAGGAAGCCAAUUAGGGAUAAGAAUCAAUAUCAUCCCCUGUACCUGUGA